AUGGCAUCGCCGACGAUUAGUAGUUCACCAUCAAGUCAUUCACGGCCAAUUCCUAGCCGCCGUCUAUCUAAUGUCGUGUCACCGCAUGGUACCUACAACACAUCGUACGGAAGUUAUUCCAGUUCCUUAACCAUGUCGAUGAAGGGGCCGUACCUGAGGCCAAGGCGAAUAUCGGCUCGUCAAGAGGAACACGGGGGCGAUACCCCGGACAUAUAUCGCAGACGCACGGGACGACAUAGUUCAAUUCGGACGUCAUUUUCACACCCGCCACAUGACAUCACCCCGAUCGAGAAAGUGCCUUCUCAUGUUACGUAUGAGCAGUUUACACCACAUGAACCACCACACCGCUCUUUCUGGAAGUUGGUUUGCCUCAGCGCCAUUGUCUUUGGCACACAGUAUUGCUUCGCGACCGAGACGGCGUUAGCCACUCCAAUUCUAUUGAAGAUCGGUCUACCGAAACAGCUAUACAGUUUGAACUGGUUUAUCGGGCCUGUUUUAGGGCUCAUUUUCCAACCACUGCUAGGAUCAUUGAGUGAUCGGUGUAGAUGCAACUGGGGUCGUCGAAGACCAUUUAUACUUGCGCUGUGUAUCGGUGUACUUAUUGGACUCACGUUGGUUCUCAAUGGAGCAGUUAUAGGAAAGUUGGUGGAACAUUCAGACACUUAUACCACAUGGAGCAUCGUUUUUACUAUUAUUGGUGUUGUCAUACUGGAUUUUAGCGCAGAUAGUGUCGACUGCCCCCACCGAGCGUACAUUGUAGAUUCGUGCAAUGCUGAUGAUAUUGAACGUGGUAUGAACAUCCGGGCAUUGUUGACAGGACUCGGUGGUGGAUUGGGAUACAUCAUGGGUGGUAUUGACUGGGACAGCACAUUCUUCGGAGGGUGGUUUGGCUACAAUGCACACAUACGCGUCGUCUACAUCUUCAACAUGGUCGUGUGCGUCAUCACAUUCACCCUCACUCUAUUCUCUGUGAAGGAAAUCCCACUUUCCCAGGUAUUAUCACAGCACCUCGACAAUAAUAUGACGGACGACGAACGGCCAUUGCUGAGUGGUGGAGAUCCAGGCAACAUUCAAGAUGGCGGAUGCAUACGUCCAUAUGGGAGUUUUUCGAAUGGCGAGAUAUCCAAACAAACGGGUGAUCAUUCCAAGCAAUCAAACCGUGACCAUGCAUCGAUGAUAUCAACCCCCUUUGAAGAUAAACUCAUACAAGACGAACCGUUUACAGAUACCUCAAUAUUGACUUUGCUGAAAUCAAUCGUGAAAAUGCCAAGGGAACUUUUUAUUCUAUGCUGUAACCACUUUUUGAGUGAAAUUGCAUACCUGACGGUUUUGCUCUUCUUCACGGAUUACAUGGCCCAGCAGGUUUACAAAGGUGACCCGAACGCUCCAGAAGGUUCACCAGAACACCAGGCGUACGAUGAUGGUGUAAAGAUGGGCUGUUGGGGCAUGUGUAUUUUUGCCUUCUCCGCAGCAAUCUAUUCAGUAAUUUUGGACAGACUGAUAGGCCGACUCAGUUUACGAACACUAUAUGUCGGAGGUGAACUUAUAUUCGCCGUCGGCACCGGUCUUCAAGCGAUCUUUCAUAACAGCGUAGCAGCUACGUUAGUAUUAUGCUCCACCUUUGGCGUCAUGUACACCACCAUAGCAACGCUGCCAUUUAUAAUUUUAGCUCGGUUUCAUGAGAGUGAAGACUAUGUAAAUAGAGGCCGUGUUCAACGUGGACUAGCAACGGACACAGCGUGUUUGCAAUGUCAGUUGUUCCUGGCACAGAUUAUUCUAUCCGCCAUCUUGGGACCAAUAUCCAAUGCUGCCGGCACCCAUCUUGUUACAGUUCUCACGGCUUCUGCAGCUGCAUUCUGUGCAGCGUUCUUCUCGGCUCUGUUCGUCGUCUACGAAAUCAACCCGAAGCCAUCCGAACAUUCGCAAAGUGUUCAGGGCUAA